GAAUGAAGCAAUUCAGGUAGAAUUAAAAUCGCUAGAAAAGCGUAAUGUUUUUGGACCAAUUGUCCAUACGCCAAAAGGCGUAAAACCUGUCGGUUUUAAAUGGGUUUUUGUGCGUAAACGCAACGAGAAAAAUGAAAUCGUUAGAUACAAAGCCCGACUUGUUGCCCAAGGUUUUUCUCAAAUGCCAGGAAUCGAUUAUGAUGAGACGUAUUCUCCAGUAGUUGAUGCUACAACUUUAAGAUUUUUAAUUGGCAUGUCUGUUUUUGAAAGGCUGCAAAUGCGCCUCAUGGAUGUGGUGACCGCAUAUUUAUA